AUGGCGACCAAGGAUGCGGUAGGAUCUAAAAUGACGCCUUGGAAUCGUUACUGUGGUACUCUUACAAACCCCACUAGUGGAGCGGUUUCUACCACUGGUACCCUGCAGACUUCCGUAGCUACUUACACAUGCAACCAGGGGUUCAAACUGACUGGAGUGAGCACAAGAACGUGUGUGCUCGGAACAGGAUGGUCUGACUUGGCACCGACAUGUGUGGCAGGCAAGGUAGGAGAUUCCUGUGCAACAGUUACCAAUCUAUGUGUGAACCUGAUCAACGCACCAUGUACAGCAGGCGUCUGCACCUGUGUCCUUGGAUACACGCAAAGCAAUGACUAUGAAUGCACUGAAAUAAACGAAUGUGGUUCUUCUCCCUGCAUGAAUGGGGGCUCGUGUACCAAUGAGAUAGCAAAGUUCACGUGCACGUGUGCUACUGGAUAUAACGGAACAAGAUGUGAAACAAAUCCAAACGACUGCCUUUCUGUGCCGUGUCAGAAUGGAGGCACGUGCACUGACGGACUUGCCACCUUCACGUGCAGCUGUGCGGCCGGUUACACGGGAGCUACCUGCGCUACAAACAUCAACGAGUGUACUUCCACUCCGUGUUUGAAUGGGGCUACUUGUAACGAUGGUGUCAACGGAUACAUGUGUUCGUGCGUUGCUGGGUUUACCGGUAUCCACUGUGAGACAAACAUAAAUGAGUGUAUAUCAAACCCAUGUAAGAACGGUGCCUCCUGCUUCGACGCCGUUAACAAGUACACGUGCAACUGUGCAGUUGGCUUCACUGGGACACACUGUGACACAAACAUUGACGACUGCGCAUCUAACCCUUGCCGAAACGGAGGAAACUGUGCGGACGGCAUUGCCAGAUAUACUUGCACGUGCGCUGCUGGUUACACAGGGACUAACUGUGACACGAAUAUCGACGAAUGUGCCUCCACUCCGUGUAAAAAUGGGGCAGCGUGCCAAGACAAAGUGAACGGAUUCACGUGUACUUGUGUGGCAGGGUAUACAAGCACCUUGUGUGAAACAGAUAUCAAUGAGUGUGCCACCGCUAUCUGCCAGAACGGAGGCUCAUGUGUGGACCAGAACGGUGGCGCAUGCGCAGACCUUGUAUACGCGUACAAGUGUACUUGCCUCAAUGGCUACACCGGUAGCACAUGUGCGACAGAUAUUAAUGACUGCAGUCCGGACCCAUGUGUAAAUGGCAUCUGCACAGACAAAGUUUUCGAUUACACGUGCGCAUGUUCUUCGGGAUACUCGGGCAAAAACUGCAGCACAGAUGUCAACGAGUGUCUGUCCAGUCCAUGUAGAAAUGGGGGCACGUGUACAGAUAUCGUCAAUGGAUAUUUUUGUAGAUGCGCAGCUGGAUACGAGGGGGUCACGUGUCAAACAGAUUCAAACGAAUGUAUGUCGUCGCUGUGCAGGACAGGGUCGACCUGUGUUGAUCGUGUCAAUGGCUACAUUUGUCAGUGCGCCCCUGGGUACACUGGGCAGUACUGCGACCAAGAUAUAAAUGAAUGUCUGACUCAUCAGUGCCAAAACUCCGCCACGUGCGUUGAUAAAGUGAACACGUACACAUGCACGUGUAAAGCAGGCUACACCGGAACGCUUUGCGAAAUAGAUAUCAAUGAUUGCUCCCCAAAUCCAUGUCAAAACGGUGGCACGUGCACAGACAGAGUCAAUGGAUAUACCUGCGCAUGUGCAGACGGAUAUACAGGAACAACGUGUAGUCCUGCUACACUGAACAACGACUGCUCUGCACGGCCCGGUGUUUGUUCCAACAUCCUGAAAGCAGAAUGUGACGGCUUGAAAUGUGUGUGUUCUUCUGGAUAUUAUCAGACAGGAUCCAUCACCUGUAGCAGGAAAGAUUGCGGAACAAUCGUGCCUGCUAUUUACGGAACCGUUAACCAUUCGGAGGACACUCUUUACGAGGCCAAGGCAUACUUCUCGUGCGAGACAGGCUACACACGCACUGGCUUGGCUUCUGUGUCCUGUCGGGCAGAUCAAACGUGGAGUGGAUCCACACCUAUAUGUGUUAUCAAAGACUGUGGCACUUUGUCUAAGCCACUGAAUGGUUCGGUAAGCUUUGUACCUAACACCGAGUAUCUAAGCCAGGCCGAGUUCGAAUGCGAUAUUGGGUAUUCCCUAAGCGGUAACAAAACUAGGACGUGCACAGACACUGGCAGGGCCACUGGCGUAUGGGCUGGCACCAGUCCUACCUGCGUGAUUAAAGAUUGUGGCCUAUUGACUGCCCCUGGCAACGGUACAAUAGAUACCCAGACCGGCACAAAAUAUCAAAGUGUCACUCUGUUCUACUGCAACACUGGCUUUGAUCUCAUUGGAGUUUCUUCUACCAAAUGCGGCGCGGAUGGCGUCUGGGAUUCCGUGAAACCCAGGUGUCAGAUUAAAGAUUGCUUAUCUCUGGCUGCACCGGCAAACGGCAAUAUUAACUUGCCGCAAGGUACGACCUACUCCGCCAAUGUUACGUACACUUGCAACAUCGGAUACACACUGAACGGAAUCGCUUCACGGAUAUGUCAGUCUACCGGGCAGUGGACUAACUCUCCUCCAACUUGUGAAAUCAACACUUGUACAGUUCUCUCAAAUCCAUCAAACGGAAAGGUCGAUCUAUCUAAUGGAACGAAAUACCAAUCGACGGCAGUAUACACAUGUAACUCUGGAUUCUUACUGAGUGGAAGUGCAGGCCGAACAUGCCAGGCUGACAAAACAUGGUCUAGCAGUGAACCCAUUUGCAACAGAAUAAGUUGUCCAACGCUGACAGCGCCUUCUAAUGGUGCAGUUGACCUCUCUGAUGGACUGCUGUAUGAAGACAUUGCAACGUUCAGUUGCAAUACUGGAUACGCUAUGGUUGGAACCUCCACACGGCAAUGUCUCGCAACUAAAUUAUGGAGCGGAGAAUCGCCUACCUGUCAAAUAAAAAAUUGUGGUUCACUGACUUAUCCUGAUAACGGACUUGUGCUAACAGUCCAUGGAACAGAAUACCUGAAAAUAGCGAACUACUCCUGUAACCAGGGUUACAUUAUUAGUGGCGUAAGCACAAGAACAUGUUUAUCCUCAGGAAUAUGGAGUGCGUCUCCGCCUACAUGCGUCAUUUUGGACUGCGGACCGGUGGCCAACAUUACACAAGGAACGUUGACCUAUUCGCCUGCGAACAGUAAGCAAUACGGAUCAACGGUGUUCUACGAUUGUAACGACGGGUACGAAAUAAAGGGAGUGUCCUCCAGAGUUUGUGAGGCGAAUGGACUGUGGAGUGGUACACAACCAUCGUGCGCAAUACUGAGUUGCGAUGAGCCUUCAGACAUCCCCAAUGGCUACUCGUGGCUUCCCUCUGGUAACCAAGUGGGCGACUAUGCCAUGUACGCGUGCAACAGUGGCUACGGGCUUGUUGGCGACCCUUCGGUCAUCUGUAAACCAUCAGGGCAUUGGGAUUCGGCACCGGAAUGCAGGCUUGAUUGCGGAAAUCCACCGAGUGUUGCCAACGGUUUAGUGACCGUCCCGGACGGAACGCUGGUUGGGAAAAAUGCAACGUACUCGUGCAACAACGGUUAUGAAGUAGCGGGUAAAGACACGAUUGUUUGCACGACCUCUGGAGUAUGGGCAGAGAGUCCGAGAUGCAAUCUGAUUCAAAUUGUCUACAACACACUAUGUUCGGUAACUGCCCAGUGCAAAACCAAGGGUUCAACAUGCCGGGACGACACAAACGGUCAGGACAGAUGUCUGUGCGCAUUGACUGGACAAUUCUUUGACUCCAGCCAAGAUAAAUGCCUAAGCAUAUGUGAACCUCUUCCAAAUCCCACUAACGGAAUUGUUACCAACCCCUCUGUACUGGCUGAAAGUCAAAAGGCAACGUACACAUGUUUCGUCGGCUACGCCCUAAAUGGGCCUGGAACACGUUACUGCCUAUCUACGGGUCAAUGGGACACCACGGCACCUUUGUGCAUUACUGGAUGCCCUGCCCCAUUAGCACCAUCUCACGGGUCUGUGAAUGCAAGCGACGGUCUGGCCGCAGGGGACAUCAUUCGGUAUUCGUGUGACGAAGGAUACGCCUUAUUGGGUGUACAAGAACGCAUUUGUGGCUGGGAUUCGAAGUGGAGUGGAAGCGUGCCGUCAUGCGUUAUUGAAUGCCCACUUCUUGACAACAUUCCCAAUGGGUACGUGGAUAUGUCGCUAGGCAACUGGGUGGGCUCCAAGGCGACCUACAUCUGUACGAACAACCAUGCACUUGUCGGAAUAUCAACGAGAACUUGCGAGAGCACAGGCGUAUGGAGUGGUGUGGUUCCCACAUGUGUUUUUGCAAUAUUUCCUGAUGUCAUUUUGGUGUUUGGGACCUUGUUCGUGGUGUUGGUGUUAGUGGACAUAUUCGUCAUUAGCGUAUGCCUUUACUACAGAUACUGCAAAACCAAGCCGAAGCCACUCCCAGUGGAACCGAAGAAGGAGGUACCCGAUGUGUUUGACGAUUAUGAAGACCCUAAAGAACUUACGUUCGAUACUUUUAAAAUUGGACCAUCGUUUCAACGGAGUCGUGCGACCGUCCCUGAACAACCCAAUCCGGUGAUCAAAGAGAAAGAUACUCCUUUUCGUACCGCGGUUUCAACCAAUAAAAUCCUUCUCCCUGUAACAAACACCUCGAAGGCCAAAGGCAGCGACAAUGUAGCACAUGAAAGGAAUAGCGUUAUCAAGGGACGAAAGAGCAAUGAUCUAAAUCCAAACGAUUUAUCCAACCGAGUAGUUGCACCAAUGCCUUCCAAAGUUCGCCUUCCUCCUCUGCACAAAAUGCUGACUAAGGUCGGAAAAGAGUUCAAUACUAUGUCGUUUGACGAUUCUGGACACGAAAAAUCGGUCACCGAAGGAAGAGACGGUGGGUACCACACAGCAAACAGCGAUGAUAAUCACACCCACUCUUUCGAAUCAUCUGAAGACGAGUUCGGUGAUCCAAAUGGUAUCAGCCCGUCAAUCUCUGGAGAUGUAAAUCCCUCCCCCAUCGAGAAGCGCAGGAAUGUGCUUGAAGCUGCAGCGGAUACGUUCCGAGGACGAGCUGUAAUCCCACCCGUAAUGGACUCGCCGCAUACCGAGAAAGAAAGGGCGGCUUUCAAGCCUGAGACGAGGAGGCAACUUAGAGGCACCGUGGAGACUUACAACCCUCCCAAUAUGUUCCAGUAAUAAUUGCAAAAAGUGGAAGUUAUACAGAUAAAAAACAAUUAUUAUUGCA